AUGGAGCGCCUGCCCGUGAUGCUGGUCCUGCUGGGCGCCGCGCUGGCCCCGGGCAGCGCCUUCAACCUGGACGUGGAGCGCCCGGCCGUCUACUCGGGCCCGGCGGGCAGCUACUUCGGCUUCGCCGUGGACUUCUUCGCCCCCGACCCGUUCUCGACAUUUCUUCUGGUGGGAGCUCCGAAAGCAAACACUACCCAGCACAACAUCGUAGAAGGAGGGCAGGUGCUCAAAUGUAGCUGGAACUCAAACAGGAACUGCCAGCCCAUUGUAUUUGAUUCCACAGGUAACAGAGACUUUGCUCCUGGUGAUCCGCUGGAAUUUAAGUCUCAUCAGUGGUUUGGAGCCUCUGUGAGAUCCCAAAAUGAUAAAAUUCUGGCCUGUGCUCCACUUUACCACUGGAGAACUGAAACAAAACAAGAGAGAGAGCCUGUAGGAACUUGUUACCUGCUUGCUGGGUCAAAAUUUGUGGAGUAUGCUCCCUGCAGGUCAACAACUAUCGAUGCAGAUGGACAGGGAUUUUGUCAAGGUGGAUUUAGCAUUGACUUUACAAAGGGAGACAGGGUGCUGCUUGGAGGACCUGGAAGUUUUUACUGGCAAGGCCAGCUUAUUUCUGAUCGAGUGACAGAGAUUGUGGCAAAGUAUGACUCCAAAGUCUACAGUACAAAGUAUGAUGACCAGCUAGCAACCAGACCUGCCAGUGCUGCUUUUGAUGACAGCUACUUGGGUUAUUCAGUGGCCGUUGGAGACUUCAAUGGUGAUGGCAUCGAAGACUUUGUAUCAGGAGUCCCACGGGCAGCAAGAACUCUGGGCAUGGUGUCCAUUUACAAUGGGAAAAACAUGUCCUCCAUGUACAACUUCACUGGAGAGCAGAUGGCCGCCUAUUUUGGGUAUUCGGUGGCUGCCACAGAUAUCGACGGGGACAAUUACACAGAUCUGUUUAUUGGAGCCCCUCUUUUCAUGGAUCGAAGUUCAGAUGGGAAGCUGCAGGAGGUGGGCCAAGUAACCAUCUGCCUCCAGCGAGCCUCGGGAGGGUUUCAGACGGCAAAGCUGAACGGUUUUGAGAUCUUCGCGAGAUUCGGCAGCUCUAUCGCGCCCCUGGGGGAUCUGGAUCAGGACGGCUUCAACGAUAUUGCAGUUGCUGCGCCAUACGGUGGAGAGGACAAGAGAGGGCUUGUGUAUAUCUACAACGGAGGAGCAAGUGGCUUGAAUGCCAUCCCAUCCCAGAUCCUGGAAGGGCAGUGGGCCGCUCGCACGAUGCCCCCCAGCUUUGGGUACUCGCUGAAAGGAGCCACGGAUGUGGACAAAAAUGGAUAUCCAGACUUGAUUGUUGGAGCCUUUGGUGUUGACACAGCUGUUCUGUACAGGGCUAGGCCAGUUAUUAGAGUAAAUGCUGCCCUGGAAGUUAAUCCAACCAUUCUAAACCCAGAAAACAAAGCCUGUUCACUGGGAGAUGUAAAAGUUUCUUGCUUCAAAGUAAAGUUCUGCUUAAAAGCGGAUGGCAAAGGAAAGCUCCCGAACUCACUCAAUUUCCAGGUGGAGCUGCUGUUGGAUAAACUGAAGCAGAAAGGAGCUAUAAGGAGAGCUCUCUUCCUCCACAGCAAGCAGCCCAGCCAUUCUAAGAACAUGACAAUUACAAAGGGGGGCAAAAUGAACUGCGAGGAACUCGACGCCUUCUUGAGGGAUGAAUCUGAGUUCAGAGACAAGCUGACUCCCAUCACUAUUUUUAUGGAAUAUCGUCUGGAUUACAGAACGGCCGCAGAUGCAACAGGAUUGCACCCUAUCCUCAACCAGUUCACUCCUGCUAAUAUGAGCAGACAGGCCCAUAUUCUGCUGGAUUGUGGAGAUGAUAAUAUCUGCAAACCAAAGCUGGAGGUGUCAGUAGAAAGUGAUCAGAAGCAGAUCUAUAUUGGUGAUGACAAUCCCUUGACCCUCAUUGUCAGUGCUCAGAACCAGGGGGAGGGAGCCUAUGAAGCAGAACUCUUUGUCGUUGUUCCACCCCAAGCAGAUUUCAUCGGAGUUGUUCGUAACAACGAGGCUUUAGCCAGACUGUCAUGUGCUUUUAAAACAGAGAAUCAGACUCGCAUGGUAGUUUGUGACCUGGGCAAUCCCAUGAAAGCAGGAACUAAGCUCUUAGCUGGCCUGCGUUUCAGCGUGCACCAGCAGUCUGAGAUGGACACCUCUGUCAAGUUUGACUUGCAGAUCCGGAGUUCCAACCUGUAUGACAACCUGAGCCCAGUAGCAUAUUAUCAGGCUGACCUUGCUAUUUUAGCAGCUGUUGAAAUUAGAGGUGUGUCGUCCCCUGACCACAUUUUCCUUCCCAUUGCAAACUGGCAGCCGAAGGAGAAUCCCGAAACAGAAGAUGACAUUGGGCCUCUAGUUCAGCAUAUCUAUGAGCUGAGAAACAAUGGUCCAAGUGCAUUCAGCAAGGUGAUGAUGACGCUGCAGUGGCCUUACAAAUAUAAAAACAACACACUGUUGUACAUUAUGCAGUACGAAAUUGAUGGUCCCAUGAACUGCACUUCUGACAUGGAAAUCAACCCACUCAAAAUUAAGAUCUCUGCUUCCAAGGAUGAUGACAGGAACGAGACACUUGGCAGGGAAGACCAUCGUGGCCACCGCAUCAGCCGAAGGGAUUUAGCUGCCGCGGAGGGGGACGUGCACACCCUGGGCUGUGGAACUGCUGACUGUUUAAAGAUUGUCUGUCAAGUUGGCCACCUGGAAAGGGGAAAGAGUGCAAUAUUGUAUCUAAAAUCACGCCUUUGGACCCAAACCUUCAUGAAUAAAGAAAAUCAGAAUCAUUCCUACUCUCUCAAAUCAUCUGCUUCUUUCAGUGUUAUAGAGUUCCCAUAUAAGAACCUUUCCUUUGAAGACAUUCACAACUCUACAGUAGUUGCUACAAAUAUUACAUGGGGCAUUCAACCACAGCCCAUGCCUGUGCCAGUGUGGGUUAUAAUUUUGGCUGUCCUAGCAGGGUUACUGCUCCUGGCUGUUCUGGUGUUUGUCAUGUACAGGAUCGGCUUUUUCAAACGUGUGAGGCCACCUCAGGAAGAACAAGAAAGAGAACAACUGCAACCGCAUGAGAACGGGGAAGGAACAUCAGAAGCUUAAGCAGAGUUUUAUCUGUAAGACAUUCUGAAACGUGCACUUGCCUACAUCUUGGUUACAAAUAUUGGCUUCCCCCUUCAUGAACAAACACUCACCACUGCAGAGCUGCUGGUCUUGGGAGGCAUCAGCAGGUGCAAAACAAGGGCAACACACUUCAAUCCUCCCUCCUGUAUUAACGGCGUUCCCACCUGCCACUAACGCACCUGCACUGACCCUCAAGUGUGAUAAACUCAAGUAAGAGCAGUGCUGGCAUUUUGCUUACUGGGGUACAGGAAAAGUCAUCUUUUCUGGUUCAUCUACUGACUCUCCAUUAAUUGCUACACAGAUUCUGCAUUUGCUCUUGGAGCCAGCAGCCUCCAGAGGUACUGGCUGGAUUACAUGGUUGGUUUUUGUUGGAGUACACUACAUUUCAUUGCCUAGCUCUUGCAAGUCAGUUGCACAAAAAAAAAAAAGAAGAAAAAGAAAAAAAAAGAAUGUAAGAAUGUAGCUUGUUUUACAGUACUGAAGAAUGUUCUUUACCUAAUCAUCUUUAGCUCUGAUGAUGAUUUUUUCCUCUUACUAAAGAAAUAGGAAAUAUUCAGUGGAAUCAUUCACAUCUGAUACCUGUUCUGCACACCUGUUCCCCUGCCUACUCAGUCAUCUGUCUUGUGGUUUCCUUCUAGACCUUACAAAUACUAUUCUGCAGGUCUCUUAUUGUAGGGAUUGAGCCUACAAACACCAAGUGAGUGAUAGAAAUCUGGGGCUGAUGUACAUUCUGUGGGACUUGGGGAAAAGAUUCAGGGCAAGAUUCCAAGACUCUGCUGCACAUUUUCUCAGCGCAGGAUCCAGGUGUUCCAUGGAGUUCUUGACAGCAUGGAUACAUUCAUGCACUGCCAGGGACAAGAUGCUGGGCAGUGGCUGCCAACAGACAUGUCUGAGAAAACCCUUGAUGUCCACAGGUCAAAACUCUGCAGGGUUUGAAGCGAAGGCUGUACAUCAGGAAGGAAGAGAGUGGAACCUGUUCAGUAGGGGAGCUGUUAAUUCCUCACUUUCCCUGCUUGGCCAUGCCCAGGCGCACGAUGGAGUGACACAGGGGCUGUUUAGACUAGGCUCUCUGCCAGCCACAUCCAUGGAUCUGGAUUACACCUGUAUUUUAGCCACACUCACAUCUCCCUCACCUCCUGCCCUCAGAGAACAGUGAGUCAAAUGAAGCAGGGAAGAGCUGGCAGUGCACAAGGGUUUGGAAAGGAAAGGUUGAUCUGGCUUGUUUCAUUUCACUCAUUCAUUGUUUCAUUGGCUUGUUUCACUUGAUUCGUUCAUUGUUUCAGUCACUGCAUGUUUCAUUGCACAAGGCAUUUCAUUGCACAAGACAUUUCAUUACAUUCAAUGCAUUUCAUUACCAGAAAAGACACUAAGUAUUUUGAUUCAUUGUUGUUUUUUGAACAUACCAAAAGGUCAGUGGUUUAAAGCCAUGGGUUUACAUCACUCUCAGCUUAUUUCCCUCCCCAUUGGUAUAGUAAAAGGAAGCUUCCCACACUGAUUGACACAAGAGCAUUGUCUAUGCAUUUCGGUAGACAAGUAACUGCAGAGCAAGAGGUUGUUCAGCUUACAACCAUCGGUUGCACAGAUCCUAGAGUGGACAUACUUAAACCACUACUAAGGUGCCUUCUAUGAGAUGUGUUUAAUUCUCUUUUCCAAAAAGGGAAUAAGUUACAGUAUAAACUCCCUGUAUGCAGCCAGGUACACAAAGGAAGACUUCUAUUGUACUUACGCCAGUGACAUUUCUAUGUAGACAAGCUCUUAAAAGGGCAAAAACUCUGGUUUGCUUUUGUGCCUUGGGGUUUUUGUUCAUAGCUGCAUCUCCCCCAUAAAUACAGCAGUGCCCGCUAAACUCAGAAUUUUCUGAAAUGAGCAGUUUGUUUCAACUCUUAUUUCUGCAUCCUUUCAGAAACUUAAGAUCCACCAAUGGCUUUCGUUGAGUCCAUUCUUACUUGCUGAUCCAUGAUGGCAUCUGAGUCCUUAAGGGAGACAGCACAGGGUCUGGGGGGCCAGUAUGUUCACCAGAUAUAGGCUUGCAUAUUUAUCCAUUUACAGGGCUUGGGUUUAGACAGUUUGUUUAGAUAAAAUUAGUUUACAUGAAAGGGUAUGGGGCAUAAUUCCACUUUCACUGAACUUUGAAGGUCUUCAGUGUGGCCAAUGUUUUAUUUUUGUCUUUGUUUUUAGUAUUGUUACUAGUAAUGUAGUAGAGAAUCAGGAGUCAGGCUUUGAUCCUGGCCUCAAAAUGUGACUUUGAUAGAACAGCAUUUUCAGUUACUUACAUGGGCUUGUGGUUCUCGUGCUUUGUCAGCUAAUUAUCUAUGUGCAAGGAGAUUGUUUUUACCUGGUCUUAAUCUCAGUAGGGUAAGAGGUUUAAGAGACUGCCAGACAGAUUAUAGCACUAAUUCUUACAUGUGUGCUUUCAAUACAUGUACACUCCAUGGUGACUUGAAAUUUAUUAGACUACUUGCAUGUGUAGGCAUUAUGAGGAGAUGAAAAAACGUAUUUAAAAAGAGCACAGUCAAGAUCCCUCCUGCUCACAUGGACAGGAUAACAUAGCAUUGCUAAUGUCAGUGCUAACUGCAUCCUAAUUUUACUGUGGCAACUGGAAACUCUUGUUUUGCUGAUUUUCAGAUUAAGAAGGUACAUUUUAUUGGUACAACUACUAUAGCUGUGGAAAGUAUCUUCCAUUUUUGAAGUUACAUAAAGAAAGGCUUAUUUGAGUGAUUUUUAUUUCUUGCCUUCUGCUGGAGAGUGAAAGCAAAUAGUUGCUUCUUCCAUGUCCAUUAACUUCCAGUUUGGUUAAAAAGACCACAGUAGCAUAUAUAAAUGGAGCAUACAGGUUACUUAGUGAGCCUAGAUGUAGCACCUCAAAUUCAAUUUAAAGUAACAUUUGUGUUUCAGGGAGAUUCCAAACUGGAAAUUUUCCUGAAUGGGGGUGCAGGAAACUUCUGAUAGUGUGUUUUAGAUUCAGCAAUAAGAUUCCAGAUUAUAUAUGUACUUGUGUCAGUAUAAAUUUCAUAGUGACCUACAUUGAGGUAUCCUUACAUCAAGUACUGUAGAAUGAUGUUAAAGCUCUUAAAGAAACUCUAGAAAAGGUAUUUUAGAAUGAAAUUAAUGCCUUUGAGUCAUAAUUGAUAUGUGUAAGAUGCAUACUGGAAGCAUUUAAAAAAUACAAGUGCAGUAACAGAGAAUUAGUCUUCUUUUGAGAGCUAUGUUUCAGGAGCAGGUUUUUUUAUGAAUAUAAAAUAAACAGCUACAUAAUUAUUUAGACAAUAACAUUUUAAAAGAGCUAUAUCUUUUAUAAUGAGAUAUGAAAUUAUUUAAGUACUCCAUUUUGCAAUUAAUGCAGCAUCUCAUGAUCAAUAUUGAAAUGUGAUUUAUAUUACAGAAUGCAUAUUAACUACUAUACUUGACAAUAUUUAGAAAAUGUAAAGCAUGGAACCUAAAUUAUAGGUUUACAUUUCUUUCAAGAAACUAUGAAAUGGUGGAAAUAGCUUUUGUUUAAGCACGCUGUAAAGUCAAACAUGGGCUAUAUUUAUCAACGUAAAUUGAAAUUUUUGAGGAAGUUUGCCAACAUUGUUUGCCAAGUUAUCAGGGUUUUUUCUGUUUUAAAUCUUGAUAUUCACACUGAUCUCUAAUUCACAUAAUGCUUGUGGAAGCUUUCUAAAGUUUAAUACAUCUGCUCUUUCUUUAUAAAACAUUUAUUCCAAGCAAAGGUAUUAAAUAUUUAAUUGUUUCUCAACUUUUGUCCACACUUAAAUAGUCUUAAAGUGUAUUUUGAAAACACUUCAGCUAUAAUCAGCAUGCUCUUGGUGAUCUGAAGCAAUCAUGCUGCACUUAGAUUUUUGCAGCAUUUGGGUUUGUUGUUGGUUACCCUGACAGAGCCCUGCAGUAUUUUUUCCUACACCCUCCCAAAGAGUCACAGAGCAGCAUUAAACUGGUGAAAACCAAGGCAGAUUUUGUCUUUGGUCCAGAAAAACGUGACCCUUUGUGUUCAAUGCUGCUGGCAGUUAAUGAGUUGGGACAAAAAGUAUUUUAUCAAAGGAAAAAAAAAAAAAAAAAGGGUAAUGGCAGGGCCCAGAUGAGCCUUACAGCAGAGAUGAUUUUGGUUUGUUUCUGAGAAGUGCAGAGCUGUUACUACUCGGCUGGCAGUGGCCCCUGUCACAGCCAGAUGCCACAGCUGGGAUUGUGGUUAUUGCUGAGCUCUGGUAACUCCCGGGGGUGUGAGUGGGACCUGAACUCUUUGGUACUGAAUCUUUAGCCUCAAACCCCCAUGUGCAAUAUGACAUGGUCUGACCCGGUUCACUGCCAAGUCCUCUGCCCCGUUUUGCUGGCCUGCGAAGGGCUGUGGUGUUUCCUUUUUUGUGAGGACAUGACAGAGCCAGCGUGCUCACUGGAGGUGAUGAAUUAAUGCUAUUGGAAGUCUUUGAUCGCCCACAUUGGGUGGAGCUUGAUGUAUAUUCUAAAGUGUAUCCAUUACUAACUCCUGAGUGCUUGAGAGCUGGUACCACCUUCUUUAAGUGCAUUGUGGAAAAUUUAACUAGAGGCUAUACAAUAAUGAGGUUGAGUCUGUAGUACUACUACUGUUUCAUGUGAUUGUGGUAUUUAGGUCUGUUUUUUCCCAAUGUGUAGAAUUUUAACAUAGCACAGGGAAUCUAACCUUUCAUUCAAUGACUUUCUCCAGAUAUGCUGCAUUUAAGGUGAAUAACUUGACCCUUGGUUCUUGCAAAGUAAUGGAAGAUUUUGUGUAGCAUUUAUAUCUCCAAAAAACUUUUACAGGUUUUGCUUUUCUAGUCCAUGAAGGAAACCUGUAUUUGCUAUGAGACAAAUAUGCUGAAAAUGUAACAUUUUAUUUCUUCGUAAUGGAAUUUUUUGCCUUUUUUUUUUUUUUUUUUUUUUUUUGGUGUGUUUGCUUGUGCAUUAAAUCAGUAGAGCAUUAUUUGCACAAGCAGAAAAUUAACAUACUAACGAGCAUUUUUAUGUUUCUUUGUCAUGCAAUAAAUACUUGCAGCAUAAAUGAGAAUAUUUUCAGUUACUAUGAACUUGUUUCAAAGGUCUUCGGUACAUUUAAGGAGAGCAAUAUACAUUUGAAGUCACCUUAUUUUGUAUUAAAUUAUAAAUUGUGCAAAGAGGUGGGUAUUGUGGCACAGUAAUUUUGUACUGAUAUGAAAUAUAUAGCUGUUAAAGCUAUGGUUUGCUUUUUAACUCAUUCUUUUCAUCCUAAUGCAAAUUUGAGUGUUUUUAUUAGGUUGUAUUUUUCUAUGUAUAUAUACAACUUCAAAAUACUAUGAUUGGGUAAACCGAAAAAUGUAAGUAUUGAUUUGAUUCUGAUAUUUAGAAUUUUGGAAUAAAAUACCUCUUAAUCAACAGAAA